CGCACAGAAAGCGAGGAGGGGGGGCAGCCCUACACCACAGCAAGACUUGGGGGCCGCGGCUCGAGAGUGGGGAGAGCCCCGUUAGUGGCGGCGCGAGGCGGAGGGAUACGGGACACUCAGGGAGGGGGGAAAAUCCCCCGGUCUCGUGCAUUCACCCCCUCCCUUCUCCGGUCCUGAGCUCAGCUGUGGAAAAAUAUGGGAGACGACAGGCCAUUUGUGUGCAAUGCCCCAGGCUGCGGACAGAGGUUUACAAAUGAGGACCACCUGGCGGUUCAUAAACUCAAACAUGAGAUGACACUGAAAUUCGGUCCUGCCAGAACAGAUUCGGUCAUCAUAGCAGAUCAGACGCCAACACCAACGCGUUUCCUGAAGAACUGCGAGGAAGUCGGCCUCUUCAAUGAAUUGGCAAGUUCCUUUGAGCAUGACUUCAAGAAAGCCACAGAAGAUGAUGAGAAAAAGUGUUCUGGAGCCCUGGAUAUGUCUCUUCCCUCUACCCCAGACAUAAAAAUAAAAGAGGAAGAACCAGUUGAAGUGGACUCCUCCCCUCCAGACAGUCCAGUAGCAAGUCCACGGUCCCCCCUGGCCAAUGAAAAGGAAAGCGCUUCAAAGCCUGUCAUCAUUUCUACGCCUACUCCAACCAUUGUACGUCCCGGGUCACUGCCACUGCACUUGGGAUACGAUCCUCUCCAUCCUACUCUCCCGUCUCCAACCUCUGUCAUCACCCAAGCGCCACCUUCCAACAGACAGCUUGGGUCUCCCACCAGCUCUAUACCACUUGUCAUGCACCUUGUGAACGGACAGACCAUGCCUGUCCUUCCUGGCCCUCCCGUUCAGAUGCCUUCUGUCAUAUCGCUGGCAAGGCCCAUGACUAUGGUGCCAAACAUUCCUGGUAUUCCCGGUCCUCCCAUUAUCAGCAGUGGCUCCAUUUCGCCAUCAGGCCUUCCAAUGCACUCAGAAGCAAAAAUGAGGCUAAAAGCCAGCCUGACGCAAGGAGUGACUUCCUCACUAAAUGGCAGUGGCAUGGUGGUGGGAUCAGCGAGCACAAUGGUGACGUCUCACCCUGAACAAGGUCAAAUACUCAUCCAGCACCCUGACGCACCUUCUCCAGCCCAACCACAGGUCUCCCCAGCGCAGCCCACGCCCAGCACGGGAGGCAGGCGGAGACGCACAGUAGAUGAAGAUCCCGAUGAACGCAGGCAGCGUUUCUUGGAGCGGAACCGUGCUGCCGCCUCCCGCUGCCGCCAGAAACGCAAGCUCUGGGUGUCAUCCUUGGAGAAGAAGGCGGAGGAGCUCACGACACAGAACAUCCAGCUAAGCAAUGAAGUUACACUAUUAAGGAACGAAGUUGCUCAACUCAAACAGCUCUUGUUGGCUCACAAGGACUGCCCAGUCACUGCAUUACAGAAGAAAACACAAGGUUAUCUUGAAAGCCCAAAGGAGAGUUCUGAGCCUACAGGUUCCCCAGCUCCUGUCAUCCAGCACAGCUCUGUGACGGCCUCCCCCAACGGCCUGACCGUCCGCUCCGCAGCUGAAGCCGUCGCCACUUCGGUCCUCACUCAGAUGGCAAGCCAAAGGACAGAACUGAGCGUGCCCAUACAGUCGCACGUCAUUAUGGCUCCGCAUUCUCAGUCUGCUGGCAGAUGAUGUCACAAACCCCGUGACGUAGAACUCACCAAUGAGAACUUGCAACCAGAGAGACUGAUCAUAACUAAGCCCCUUGAUCAAUAUGGGGUGGAUACAUUUUUGUUUGUUUGUUUCGUUUUUGUUUCCUUAAAGUGAGUUAAGGGCAGCUAUGGAGCUUCUAACAAAGUAUAUCCCAUACAGAUUCUGGCCCGAAGUAGUUGUCGUAUGAAACUGUCUUUGUUUCUAAAGGAUGGCUUCGGCGUGGGCGACCUCGCCAGCCCUUAGGGACAAUCAGUUGUCGCAUAGAGUCAGUUGUCAGUUAGCCUUUGCUCAGUGUGGUCUUAAAUGGUUAAUGUUCAGGUAAAAGUUAUGCUAACACUAAGCCUCCCUUAGCACGGCUGCUCAUGGUGCUUUCUUGAGCCGGCCACUUUAGCAAAGGAAAACAGCUCUUGGGAGAGAUGGUGACUUUUUUGCUGGUGCUGCCCGUUUUUUUCAAAAUCAUUUUUUUUUUUAGCACCCCCGCUGCUUUCAGACCUCUCUGGUAUAUCCGUCGCCACUGUAGCCGGCCUUCGAUUCUGCACAUUCGCACAGAAUUCCAGCUGAAGGUGGUAAGAGCUCCAUAACUUUGUGGGUUUGAUCUCUUUCCCCACCCCACCCUUCCAUCUCCGACUUCUUUUGCGAAGCAAGUAAGAAAUUUCAUUCCUGGCUCCAGUGAUUGAUGGGUGUUUGCAGUUGCUGCAGUGGAAACGGUGAACCUGUUGUGAGCAUCUCUGGCUGCAUAGUCUAUAGUCUUGUAUCUUAUCGGGAAUGGGUGUGUUCUCCAUCACCUUUUUAUCUAGCGUAGUUUUUAGCAUUUCCAGUGAACCAUCAAAACAUGAUGGAAAGUACCUGGUGAUUGAGACGCCAGGAGGAGAGGGAUAAGCAGUAUUUCCAGUGGCCGGAAGGCUGAGCUUUUGCACUCUGUGCACCUUCUUGCCCCCGUGCGUAGCAGAAGCAGAAUAAGCGACAUGAUUGGUGUGUGUGUGUGUGUGUGUGUGUGCAGAAUAUACAACACCUGCCUUAGGAUAGGGUUGCCCUCAACAGUCAGCCUUGGCUUUGCACCGCGCUGCAGUGUGUGGUUCAUACAGAGCUGAGCUGGGACAAAGUAGGAGUCACCUUUCUUCCCCCCCCCCCCCAAAAAAAAAAUAAAAAAAAAUAGCCCUCAAUAAAUCAUGAAUUUGAACAACUUCAAAACCCCUUUCAACCUUGCACAUUUCAAAGGAUCGCCUGUCUUAUUUAACCUAGUGAACUUCUCAAGACCGUGGCCUUAAAUCUUGGCCUGUCUAUUUCGGGGGCAAGAGGACUGGAUGAGUGUUCCAACCCUGCCUUCCCUCUUUUCCUUUUCUUUCACAUGUUCUCCACCCCCACGCAUUCUCUCUGGGUGGCGAUACGCACGGGCCGCCUCUCCUCCCAUGCACCCCUUCCAGGACAAACGCAGGACUCCUUGAGCACCAGGGUCACAAGGUAGAUUUUAUCAACAGCAAAACCCAACCCUUGAAAGGCACUUGGAAUUAUUUCUUCCAUUUGCCUUUGCGUAUUGCCAAAGCUUGCGUGUGUUCAUGUGUGGUUUCCUAAGGUUGGCCUUGACCGCUUGCUAGCUGGAUAAUUGUCAACUUUAUUAGCUUGAAUCUCUAGUGAAGAGAGAAGAUGUGUUGUGCCGAAGACGCUGCAGCUAUAUCAUGCAACCCCACCCCCCACUCCAAAUGUCAAUUCUUCCUCUGUUUUGUCUUCCUAAAUAUGUUUCUCCUCUUGCCCUCCUCUAUUUGAAGCUUUCUCUUCCUUCACGGGGCUUUGUACUCCAUGCUGCCAAACCAUAUGAGGUUCAUCAUUCUUCACUUCUUAUCCCCAAUUUUAGCAAUUUUCACCCGUUAGAACACAAAUUCUAAUUCAGGGAUCACAGUAUCCACUGUGUGAUGUGGGCAUGUCAGACCUGGUGCAGAUUUCCCUUAAUAGGUGAGCUCUCUUGGCAUCCUUGGUACCUUUCUAGCUUCUCAGGGCUUCCAACCUCAUUGUUUCUUGACCCGUUUCCUUGUCUUACUUGAUCUUGCUUCAAUUCUAUUCUUCUGCAGCUUUUUUUUUUAAUCCUUUCUCCUCUCGGAGUCCUUUUCCUUCCCCCUUUGUUUAAAAGCAGCUAGAAACACAUUCUGAAUGUCUGCAGACUUCCUUUUAGCAGGCAUUUCAGACAUCCGGUCACUUCUCCUCCCCCCCCCCCCCCCC